AUGAAAUUUUCAAUCGUUGCCGUGGCCUUCGGCCUUAUUUCCCUCGCUUCCGCGAAAAGAAGUCCGCAGCAUGUCGGGAAAAAGCUUCCAGAGAUCAAGAGAAAUGUGGCUCCACGAGCAGAUACCGGCCCCGUGCAACCCGAGAAACGAGCAUCGCCGUCUUUCUUGACAGAUUUGACUAAAAAAUAUGUCGUCAAUGGCAGCGCAAUUCCAGACGUCGACUUCGAUGUUGGUGAAUCAUAUGCCGGUCUCAUGCCUAUCUCCGAUGCCAAAAACGCGUCGGAGCUUUAUUUCUGGUUCUUCCCAUCUACAAACCCGGCUGCGUGUAAUGAAAUUCUCGUCUGGCUCAAUGGAGGUCCAGGAUGCAGUUCCCUGGAAGGAUUUCUUCAGGAAAAUGGUCCCUUUUUGUGGCAAUACGGUACAUACAAACCGGUUCAGAACAAGUGGGCGUGGACCAAUUUGACAAACGUCGUAUGGGUUGAACAACCCGUGGGAACGGGCUUUUCUCAAGGGACUCCUACUGCCACCUCCGAAGAAGACGUUGCCGCGCAAUUUCUGGGUUUCUUCAAGAAUUUCGUCGACACCUUCGCCAUGCAAGGUUACACCGUCUACAUCGCAGGCGAGUCUUAUGCCGGCUACUACGUCUCUUACAUCGCCGACGCCAUGUUCAAUGCCGACGACAAGGAGUAUUAUAACAUCAGCUCCAUCAUGAUCUAUGACCCGAGCUUGAGCUACGAUGUCCUGCAGGAACACAUUCCCGUGACUGCCUUUGUGGAUUUUUGGGGUCCGGCGCUCGAUCUGAAUGCGACUUUCCUCGCCCAGCUCCACAAUAUGUCUGAUUCGUGUGGAUAUACUGCUUUCAUGGACGAAUACCUCACAUACCCUCCCAAAGGCAUUCUACCGACUCCUCCCAACGUCGAUCUCGACGACGAUUCAUGCGACACUUUCGAUGCAGUCUUCUACGCCAUCUCCGAAGUCAACCCGUGCUUCGACAUCUAUCAAGUUUUGACAACCUGCCCGCUCCUAUGGGAUGUGCUUGGCUUUCCCGGUUCCUUUGACUAUGUACCCGAAGGCGCCUUCAUCUACUUUAACCGCACCGACGUCCAAAAGGCCAUCAAUGCCCCAAUCCAAGAAUGGCUCGAAUGCACCAACGUGGACGUCUUUGUGAAUGGCACCGACAACUCCCCCCCCUCAGCGUUGAGCGUUCUGCCCGGCGUUAUUGAAAAGGCUGACCGGGUCAUCAUUGGCCACGGCAUCGCUGAUAUGAUUUUGCUCUGGAACGGCACCCUCCUCGCAACGCAGAACAUGACUUUCAACGGUGCUCAGGGUUUCUCAGUCCCUCCUGGGGAAUGGGACGACUUCUACGUCCCUUACCAUACGGAAUAUGAGAGUCAAUUGGGCACCAUUGCUGGCGCGGGUGUGAUGGGCCAAUAUCAUACGGAAAGAGGUCUGACGCUGGUAACGGUGGAUCUUUCCGGCCAUAUGGUUCCGCAAUACGCUCCGUCGGCCGCUUAUCGCCAAGCUGAGUUCUUGCUGGGGCGUAUCCCGACUUUGGGAACGGUUGGACCAUUUACGACGAUGCCAGACGAGAGCUACUAA